AUGCUGGAUCGUCAGGACUCAGAGGAGGAGCCUGAGCGCUGGAAGGCGGCGCGGGACAAAGCCACCCGCGCCCCGAGGAGAACUGUGGUGGUUGGCGCCCCCGCGCCUGUUGCGGCGAGCAAGCCGAAGAAGAGGAGUCCGGUCCAACAGCUUCUCAAGGUGAUCCGUGCCAGCAAGACCUGUCUGAUAGCGCUGGAGAUAGAGGAGACCGCGCAGGACCUCCGUAUUCUGCGAGCCAUCCAAAGCAUCCCGGAAGAUGAGAUCGAGAUGUUCUUCAGGGACUGCGGCUUUACGGAGGAAACGGUUCUUCACAUCGCAGAGCUGAUUCAGGAGGGGCGGCCACAGAUAGAGGAGCUGUCAACGAGCAUCUUGCGAAGGACCUGGUGCCUGGUCAUCCAGAUCCUGGUCUUCUGCAUCGCUAUGGUGCUAGCUGUGUCAGGGGGCUUCUUUGCUAUCUCCUUGGGCUACACCGGCGCCAGCUGCCAGUUCUCCGACUUCACGAACGGGACCCUUGGGGCUCGGCUUCUUGGGGGUGCUGGUGGUUUGCAGGACUUGCCAGCAAGGCAACGUCUGCAAGCUGCAGGCCAGGUCAUGAGCAUCCUGGAGCAGAGACAUCAGAGGGUCAGUGAUUCUCCUAGGCCGGGUGUCCUUGCUCCAUGUGGGGGAAGGGUUGAAGCCUGCAGUACAUCAGCCGAGCUGGGACGGCGACAAGACAAACCGAGAUGCAGACAAUUUUUGGCACCAUCGAGAAGGUAUAGACGCGGAUCGCGUGUCGACAACAACGGUGGGCCAAACAAGGUGAGACUCGGCAUGAAUCGGCGUGAAAGAAGCUUGCGUCAGGUCGCGGCCUGGUACGAGGGAGGCAUUGCCUACUCCAGCGAGCCCAGCACUAAGCAGUGCCAGGAGUCUACGCCGCGAGACAGAAGGAAGUUCACCUUGCUGGACUUUGAAUGA